GACUUUGGCGCCGUCGUCGUCGUCGUCCCGCGCUCCAGUCAGUCCGCUGCGAAAGGGGCCGAGGGCCUUUGUAGGGGCAGGCGCCAGGCGCGCUGCAGCCGACUCCCUCCUGGCGCCCACCGGACGUUGGCUGGGCGGGCGGGCGAGCUCCCCCUGUCGGGCGCGCCUCCGCUCCAAAAUGCCCGCCUGGGCGAUCCUGCCCAUCGCCUUGCCCGCCUUCAGCAUCACCGGCAUGUGGAUCGUGUAUGCCAUGGCACUGUCCAACAAUCACAUCUGCCCAGUCCAUAAUUGGAUUUAUAAUCAGUCUUGUGAGCUGGAUAGCCCUAUUUUCUGCUGUACGUUGGAUCAUAUCCCUCUUGUCAGCAAGUGUGGUACCUUCCCCCCAGAGAGCUGCUUCUUCAGCCUGAUCUGCAGCUUGGGCUCAUUCAUGGUGAUGCUGGUUGGCCUGCUGAGAUAUGCGCACGUUAUAGAGCAUUACGGCUCUUCCCUUCUCAACACUUUGGGGCUGGCUUUAGGUUGGAUCUGUGCAGCUGGCCUCAUUAUGGUGGGCAACUUCCAGGUGGACCAUGCUAAAGUUCUGCAUUACAUCGGGGCAGGUGUGGCGUUCCCGACCAGCAUGCUUUUCAUAUUCCUUCAGUCCAUCCUGACUUACCGCAUGGCAAAAUCCAGAGGCCAUUACUGGACUGGGCAUCUGCGCAGCAUCCUGGCAGCCCUGGCUUUCAUCACCCUCAUCUUCAGUGGCGUAUUUUUCAUCCAGCAGAGUUUCGUCCUGCAACACCUAGCCGCCCUCUGCGAAUGGAUGUUCAUCAUAAACGUCCUCGUCUUCUACGGCACCUUCACCGCUGAAUUUGGAGCCAUCUCUACGGACACCUUCCUGGUUCUCCUGAAAGCCAGGCGGACUCCCAAAAGCUUCAAAGUGGACAGCAGCACGCCAAGCAUGUCACAUGUCCACACCCAUUUGGAGAACAUGGCCAUGAUGGGGAGGGACGGCUAGGAAACCGCUUCCUCGCAGGAGCCGGGACGAGCUGUGCUUACCGGGACUUCCAACCAUACCAAAAAAGGGAGAAAAGACAGAAUAUUGUUGUGAAACUUGCCUUAAGAAUCACCUCUUGUAUUUAUUUUGCCUAUGUGCCACACUAAAGCAGUGCCAUGGGCAUUUUGCUCUGAAGGCAUAGCCACAUUCCAGGACCACCAGUGGCCUUUAUGGAGCAAGAUUUCCAUAUCCUUGGAUCAAAGACUCUCCUUCCAAUGUGCACAAGAGGGA